AUGAAAGAACAAUGUUUCCCGAGCCAUGAACAAGCCCAACUCGAUGUCUCGACAGCGUGCAAGCAGGCCAAAGGUGCAUUCUGGCUGCCUUACAUGCAAGUUCGUUAUCCCUUCCAGCAUAGCACCCAACUCGCCGCUGAAUCUUCCCUCAGGGCUCGUCACGUCAAAUGUGACGAGGAGAAACCCGUGUGCGCCCGAUGUCUUCUCGGUGGGCGGACCUGCGCCUAUGGCACGCCUGAAGCAUCCUCUGUCAUGCUACCGCGAACCUUGGCCCCAUCUCCCGAGGUCGAUCCAACCACCGCGAAAGCUUUGGAGCUCUUCUUUCUGCGUACGGCCCCGCAACUCGCCGGCAACUUUCAGCAAACCUUCUUCCAGGGCAGUGUUCUGCAACUCAGUCUCGGCGAGCCUACCAUUCGUCAAGCAAUCGCAGCCCUCGGUAGUCUCCAUGAACAUGCCACAGCGGAUAAGAUCCCACCUUCACGUCGAAAUUCCCUAAUAACUGGGCCACCGAUCAAAUUAUAUAAUAAGGCCAUUCGGUCCCUCAUAGAAAUGCUCACGACAGAUCCUCAUAAUUUCCAGGUUGUUGCUAUCGCCAAUAUUCUUUUCAUAUGCUUUGAAUACUUCCAGGGAAACGUUGAAGCCGCCGCAUCGCAUAUAAGAAGUGGGAUCAAAAUUUUCAACUCCUGGCGCGAAGCUAGUCGCAAGGAGCUUAGCCGCCCCUGGGGCCAACAAUACGAUUCACUCGAGGCUAACUUCAUGGAAACGGAGAUCGGGCCACUGCUUUCACUCUUUAACAUGAAUGCUUUCCAGUGGAACUUAGAUACGUGCACCACCUUGUUACUAAAUCCAGUCGACGACGAAGGAAACAUCAUUCUGCCCGAAAAGUUUGAGUUGGUCGAAGAAGCAAGAGCCGCCCUUCUUGAUUUGAUUACUUCCGCAACCUUACAUUUUCAACAAUUUGACUUACUUUCAAAACAAGGUGGUUCCUCUGCCACACAGUUUUCCAUCAUCCAAGAUCUUGUAGCUUAUGAUCGGGCUCAAUGGAACUUCAAAUUCGACGAGUGGGUUCGCCGCAAGGAACGGACGUGGGACGAAAGUGAACAGCGAGCAGCCGAUGCCGUAAGCAUUAUGUCGUUCGGUUUCGACUGCCAAAUUGGUAGCUAUCAACCAGAAUGUUACACCUUCGACUGGAAUACCAACCGCUCCGCUUACGACUCAGCUGUGAUGACACGACUAUCUAAUCUAUCCGCCGAUGCUAGCCGUUACACCGAUGAUCUGUCCAAAGCCUUCAGUUUGGAUUUCGGAAUGGCCUUCCCUUUGCAUGCCGUUGCUUGGGGGUCUAGAUCGUCACAUAUCGAUCGACGGGGGCUCGAUCUGCGAACUCGCAUUGCUGAACCUGGGUUGCUAGAAACUACGAAACCUUACAAAACGAUCUCAUCUCGGAUGAAUGAGCUUGAAGAACUGUACUUGGACUGGACCCCCCCAGACAGCUCUCGAGGAGAGUCACCCGCCCCCGAGGCGUGUUCGCAUUUAUGA